AUGUCAAGCAACAACCAGGAGUCACUUGCUAACAGGUCACACACUGUAACUGUUUCGGAGACAUCGCAGAUCCUUCAGCUCCGGGCAAAUCAAACGGAACAGGUGCCAAAGUUAGCCAAGAAAGAGCAGAAGUCGAAAGUCAGAUGGGAUGAGAAUGUGGUAGAUAACGAGCAUAUGAAUAAGAAGAAGACAAAGAUAUGCUGCAUUUUCCACCCGCAGCAGAACUUUGACGACGAGGACGGGGGUGAGUGCGAGCACGCAUCGUCGAGUGCCUCGUCGAGCUCGUCUUCGGAAUCCGAAAACGACACUAGCAUGGACUUUGAAGCGAGGCGGCAGGCUCGAAUCGCCAGACGUCGGCAGAAACUCGAACGGAAGAGAUCCAGUAGUCCGAACGCGUACGAGUACCAGCCGGACUACAGUCAGUACAGGCAGAAGUAUCUGCACGGGGAUAAAUAG